AUGAGCGUCGCAACUUUUCUGUUAGUGUCGCUCUUCGUCGUGACGGCAAUCGGUGAGCUCCGUUGUUUUGCUAUCUUGUUUCGGAGGAAUCCAUGAAUUCAACACGAUCCACCAGAAACUUCUGAGAGUCGAAGUUUUGAGAAAGCGCCACCUGUCCGUCCGAUGGAAAGAACUGCAACCUCGUGUUCCAGUCCAACGCCUUCAAAGAUUUCAACUUGUCACAAAAAUGCGGCCUUUUCGUUUUCUUCAUCGCCCCACAAGUUUUGACUGUGAGUGCAGUACUCGCCAAAAAAGUUUUAAAAAGUAAAUUUCGAGAGUUAUUCUGUGAGGGGAAGCAUACUCUUCAAGAAAUUUCAGCUGGACCCAACCGUUCAACUCAACACUCCUGUUCGAAUCUAUUGCCCGAAAAGUUGCUCCGCCAGUUGCUCACAGUCGCCGACUACUGUCCCUGCUCAGAAAUUUACAACCACCGCAACAAGUUUCAAGUUGACGGCUGCCCCGUUCAGAAAAACUUCCGUUCAGGUGCGAAAAUCGAACUUAUAUUCUACAGAAGGAUAUCAAGACUUGAAAAUAAUUUAGAAGUUUCCAGAAAAGCUCUUUGCAGCUUCUGAAUGAACUUUUUCGAACAGGAUUCUACUUUUAAGACGCUCAUGGCACAGACAAGUGCGACUCGUCACAGAUUGUUCUGGUACCAGUUAUUUUUCAGGGUUUUCGAGCAGCGCCUCCAACGGGCUGUCUCGCUAUGAAAAGUACAAUGCGACAAGGACUCAAAUCAAGGCUCACAACAGUCUCUACGCUCAGAACAAGUCAAAGUUCAAAAUGGCUGUCAACAAAUUUUCAGUCGCUGUUGGUAUAAACUUCAAAAAUUAUUCUCAUUUUUUUUAUUUUCGAAACUUCGAAACGGCCGCAAUUUUUUCAGACAGAAAAUGAAAUGCCAGCUUUGAAGCUGUUGCUCCCAGACAUAACAUUUACCACAGUGGAACCAAUGUCCCCGAGAAAAAGAAGACAGACCGUCAACGAAACAGUAGACUGGAGAAGUUGGUUGACUCCGAUAUUGGACCAGGUAACUUCCUCGUUUGACCUCAGUCACGUGUAUCAGGGUACCUGUGGAGCGUGUUGGGCGUUCUCUUUGAUCGGAAUGCUGGAAGGCUUCUUCGCUCUGCGGAACGUCUCGACUCCUUGUCUGGCAGUACAGCAGCUCAUCAGCUGCAACACCGCAGUCGACUCUACCUACCGCGUGGCUAACAGAGGCUGCAACGGCGGCUACUUCCAGGCAAGUAUUGAGAACCUACUUCAAUACAUGUAUGUGCCGUUAAAAUAAUCCAAUGCCUUUCAAUUUGAAUAAGUUAGCGAAUGAAGAUCCAGUCCAAGAUUUUCUGUCUCAGGUCGCGGCUAGCUACUUGCAGUCAACCGGUCUUCGUUCUGCUUCAGCCAUUCCGUUUGUCGGCAGUGUAACUUUCUUUAUUCUGACCCAGAUGUUAACGUCCGAUUGAGGAGCCGACGUGCAGUGCAACUCGAUUCUCAGCUUCGGCUCCGAAAAUUCUCAGCUUUGAUACAGGCUACUUGUCCAACGUCACCUCGAUUGUCGCAAUCAACAAAUUGGAACAGGUAACAUUUCCUUUGUUCGUAAAAUAACCUGAAAUGUUUGGGACAUGGAAGAGAGAGUUCGUCGAGGACCAGUUGCAGUGGGGAUGGCAGUAAGCACCGACCUCUACAGCUACGAGUCAGGUACAGAAGUCGCAUUGUUGGAAUUCGACGUUUUCCUUCAGGAAUUUAUGAUGGACCUUGUGGCAACACAAUAAAUCAUGCCGUCGUCCUCGUCGGAUUCACUUCUACAUAUUGGAUUAUACGUAACAGGUAGAAAAAAAAAGAAACAGAAAAACUUCAACAAGGAUUUCUAGCUGGGGAUCGAACUGGGGAGAAAACGGCUACAUCAGGAUCUUACGUACGCCUGGAUUCGACCGCUGCAAGCUCUACAGCUACUGGGCGCAGGCUUCUGUUGUCGGAUCUUACGAUAACGCCACUCAGGGGCCAGUGGGUAGGUCGUGCAAACAAUUUUUUGAGUUGAAUGGAAUUUGACCCGUUUGCUAAAUAUAAAUCGCGAAAAACUGUUUUUUUUUUUUUAAUUUACAUUUUUCCAUACGCACAUGUUACAAUCUCAAGUUUUUGGUAAAUAUCUCGUCGAGAACAGAGGAAUUUGAAGGUGGUUCGGAUAAUGCCGUAAAUCCUGAAAAAAAUUGAAGAGAAAAUUUUCUGUCUAUUUUCAAAUUAAAAACGAUAGUUAUGAAAAAUCGACUUGAUGUACAGAGAGCUGUUCGUAGAUUUUUGGUUGAUUGAAUUCAUUGCCAAAUGUAUGCUAGCUACCAGCAUACAAUUGAGAAUGGAUUCAAUCAACCAAAAAAAAACGCCAAAAACAAUUAUACAGGCCUGCCUGGCCACAACUACAUCGUCAACGAUACAUUGGGAGCAACGGAGAGCUCUACGUCUUCUUCCAAAGAAUGUUGUGGCGGAGAAUGUUGUGACAGCGAGGAAGACGAAGAUUGCGAUGAGGAAGACUACGAAGCCGGCUAUUUUCAACUUCAGAUGCCGUCUUCGAGCUCCUUCACGACGAUAAAGACGACGCCUUCAAUCCGAUCUACGUCCUCUGUUGGCAGGUUUGCGAGAGGAAAAAGAAGAAAAGAAGACUCUCCAGAUGUUAAUUUUAAAGUAUCUCGAAUCUCCCUUUAUGGAACCUGAGAUGAAAAACCCUAACUAGUAAGAGAAAAUGGCGGAUUUUAGUACUGAGAGUCGGCGCACUGCAAAGCUCAUCACUACGACCACCACAGCAACGAGAAAAAUGACCACGACCCGGAAGACAGUCGUCCAAACCACCCCCAAGGCUUUGAGAACAACAACCAGGAACUCGAAGACCACUCGUCAAGAUUUACUGCCGGGAAUAUUUGCCGGAAUAGGCAAAAAAUUAGAAUCGUUCCGUGCUUGA